UGGGCUGGGCUGGGGGCGUCGUGCACUGCGAUGGUGGCACUGCGACGUAGGGCUCGUAACCGUUUUAAAUAGUUUUCAGACCCGGCUGUGGCUAAGCCUGGCUAAUGCUGCUUGUGUCCACGGGCUCUUGUAGGCACCGUGCUGAGAGUAAGGGUUAGAUAUGAGUGUUUUGUGGGGGAGCCCUGUCUAGACUGGAAUACAGAACCAGGCCAGUUGCAAGCCCCUAAGUCAGCUUUUGAGCCUUACUCUGCAUAAACACUCUUCAGCACCGGUUGUCAACAUGGCUACGGACUCAGAUGUGCUGCAUUUCCAGUUUGAACAGCAAGGGGAUGCUGUGUUGCAAAAGAUGAACCUCUUGAGACAGCAGAAUUUAUUUUGUGAUGUAUCAAUCUAUAUCAAUGACACUGAGUUUCAUGGACACAAAGUGAUUUUUGCUGCCUGCUCCACAUUUAUGAGGGAUCAGUUUUUGCUCAGUCAGUCGAAACAGAUGCGAAUCACCAUAUUGCAGAGUGCUGAGGUUGGCAGAAAGUUACUAUUGUCUUGUUAUACUGGUGCUCUCGAAGUUAAAAAGAAGGAGCUUUUGAAAUAUCUCAUUGCUGCAAGUUACCUUCAGAUGGUCCACAUUGUAGAGAAAUGUACCGAAGCAUUGUCUAAAUAUCUGGAAAUUGAUGCUUCUAUGGAGAACAGUAAUCAGAACACAGAGAAAUGUCAUUCCUCAGACACUGAGCUGAGAAAUAAAGAUGACAAUUUGGAUAAAGACUGUGAAAUAAUUGAAAUUUCUGAAGAUAGCCCUGUUAAUAUAGAAUAUAAUGUAAAACGGGAGCAAGGGGAUGUCUUACAACCUGCAAUGCAAAGUUUAAUAUCGGAAAGAAAGGACAUGAAAACUCCAGAGAUUUCCACAGUUGAAAUAGGAUAUAAAGAUGAUGAAAUUUGUAUCUUCAGAAUGGAUUCCAUGAGCACAGCCAAUGUGGAAAAUGAUCAUUUUCCACAGCCUUGCACUUCCUCUAAAACAAGUUUAUAUUUUCCAGAAACACAACAUUCACUGAUAAAUUCUACUGUUGAGAGUAGAAUUACAGAAGUGCCUGGGAAUCAUUUUCAGGGCUUUGUCAGUGACAAUACAGAAGGAACCUCGACUGUAGUGAGUGGGUUUCAGAGUCUGGAGGAUUCUGGUUAUUCAUGGCGGCACCAGUGUCCUAAAUGUCCCCGAGGAUUUGUCCACCUUGAAAACUAUCUGAGACACCUAAAAAUGCACAAACUUUUCUUAUGCUUACAGUGUGGGAAAACAUUUACACAAAAGAAGAAUCUCAAUAGGCAUAUCCGAGGGCACAUGGGCAUCCGCCCAUUCCAAUGCAUGGUUUGUCUGAAGACGUUUACUGCUAAAAGCACGCUUCAGGACCACUUGAAUAUUCACAGUGGGGACAGACCUUACAAAUGCCAUUGUUGUGACAUGGACUUUAAACACAAAUCUGCCCUAAAAAAGCACUUGACUUCAGUUCACGGAAGGAAUGGUGGUGACAAACCAAACCUUGACACAAUUACACAAAUCAAAAUAGAUUAUGAUUAGUGGAUCUCUGGAUAGAUGUAAAGACGUGCUGUAUUUAAAAUCCUGUUGUGGUGAAAUGCCAGGUGUUCACCAAAUCUUUAUGUAAGGGAGACAAGUGCAAAUAAAUAUCUAAUUUUGCUUACUGUAUUGAAACCUAGUAUUGGUGCAAUUGUUUAGAUAGUGUUUGCUAGUUGAAGGUAAAUGGCAAAAUAUCGGAACAAAAUUUGUGCUCCUUUACAGGUACGCA